AUGGCCUGUACAGAGGCGCCAACAAUCAAUAUAGAGGCUCCACAGGCCUCUGCACAGGCUGCCACGGGCCUCUAUAGAGGCUACCAAGGUUUAUAUACAGGCUCCAUCAACCUCUAUAGAGGCAACAACAGUCUACAGAGAGGCUCCAACAGUCAAUAUAGAGGCUGCAUCGGCCUCUAUAGAGGCUACUGUGGUCUAUAUAGAGGCUCCAUCGGCCUCUAUAGAGGCUCCAACGGUGAAGAUGCUUUGCUGCCAGCACCUCAGAAUAUCUCAAUUCUUUCUACCAACAUGAAACACUUCUGUAAUGGCCCAAACUACGACAACUUCUUAACUUGGAGUCCUGAGGUCAUCCAGGGAAAAGCUGUGAGAUACAGUGUUGAGUUUCAGGGGGAGUAUGAACGAGAGUACGACAACGAGAGAUGGAUUCCCAUCUGUGAGUGCUCCCUCAUUGCAGCCACAGAGUGUAACAUCACAGAGGACAUCUCAGCCACUGUGGCCUAUAACCUGCACGUAAGGGCAAAUGCUGGUGCCAGAAGAUCAGAGUGGGGCACCCUGAAAGGUUUCUUCAAUCGCAUAACAACUUCCUUGACCCCAUCUCUGAUGAAGGUCAUAGCUGAUGGGUAUCAUUUACUAGUGGAGCUGGAAGACAUGGGGCCUGCUUUUCAGUUCUGUGUUCUCUAUUGGAAGAAGGGCCAGGAAAGUAGGAUGCAGCAGAAGGUGGUGAAAGAGGUCAACUCUGUGGUUCACCUGGACACCAUGGAGGCAGGACUUGAUUAUUGUGUAAAAGCCCAGGCAAAGGUUGAGGCCAUCAACAGAAGCAGCAGCUUCAGCCAGACAUGGUGUGUGAGUGCACAAGGUGGCACAUCUGUGUGGCUGGUUACUGCCCUCAUCUCUGCUGGUUUUGCUAUGGCUGCUCUGACUCUGCCUUUCCUUACCUGGAAAGCAAGUAAAAUCCUCUACUAUUCCUUCUGCCCCACUGCUGUCCAGCCAGACACACUGAAAAUAUCAGAUCCCCCCACGCAGCUGAUGCUGUGUGGCAGUGAAGAAGCUGAGCAGCGUGAUCUGAUGGUGCGUGUCAUACCCUCAGAAGAAGUUCUCCAACUGUGGAUCCAAGAAACACUUUAG